CAUAUGUGCACACACACACACACAGGCGUGUAAAAGAGGAGAAAGAAGGAACAGGCCCGGUGUUUCACGUCCAUCCUCAAGCAGGCGUUCAGAGUUAUGAGCAGCAGCACUAUCACAACCAGCGCUUGCCUCCGUUGUUAUAAAGAGCUGCCCGUGUGGAUAGUGGAGGACCAUCACGAUGUGGUGCCAUACAUCUAUCGAGCAAUUGGUUCAAAGCAUUUGCCAAGUGAAAACAUUGCCCUGGUUCACUUAGAUUCUCACCCAGAUCUCCUCGUCCCACUUGACAUGCUAGCUGACAGCGUGUUUGAUAAAGAGUUGCUCUUUGGAGGCCUGAGUAUUGAGAAUUGGAUCAUGCCUGUAGUUUAUGCCGGCCAUUUCUCGCAUGUGUUUUGGCUUCAUCCAUCUUGGGCUGAACAGAUCACUGAUGGGAAACACAGCUUCAUUGUCGGUAGAGAUUCCUCAACUAAAACAAUCAGGGUUACAAGUACAGAGAGCUACUUCCUGAGUGAUGGUCUCUAUGUCUCGGAGGAGUUGCUGGAGAACAAGAAGGCAUUGAGUCUGCAGGUCAUCAAAGUAGAAGCAAGAGAACCAGACAGAUGUGCCUGUCUGGGAGAAACUGGAGAAUCCAUUGCCAAAAGAACAAAGCGGGAUCAAGCAACUUUUAAAGACUUGUGUGAUGCAAACUGUGGCACAAGCUCCAAAGUGAAUGGUCAGAAGGGUGAAUACAAACUUGGCAAUCACUGUGUGGAGAUGGGGCCAGCUGCCGCCAGGGAGGGUGCCAUUUCGCAAACUGACCAGCUCUGCAAUGCAACACCGACAUCUGUGACUGAACAGCAGCAGCAGCAGGAUGAAAUCGUGAAGGAUCUGCUUCAUGUAUUGGAAAAACAGAAUGCCUAUAUCCUAGAUAUUGACUUGGAUUUUUUUUCAGUUAAAAAUCCCUUUAAAGAAAUGUAUACCAAGGAGGAAUAUGAAAUUCUCAAGCAGUUAUACAGUUUUACUAAACCUGACUGUGAAGAGACAAGUGAGGAGGACAUAAUCAAUUGCACGGAAGCUCGGACAAGGCAAUUGGAAGAUUUGGAAGCUGCAUUUGCAGAUUUGUGUGAUGAUGACAGUGAAGAGAACGUAAAGAAGUGGGCGGCAGUCCCUGGAAUGAAAAAACUUGGUGACCUUGUGCUUAGCCUAAAGGACAGGAUGGGAACACCUGACUAUGAAAUGGUUCACCAAGCUGGCCUGACUUGUGAUUAUUCCGAGCUGCCGCACCACAUCAGCACGGAGGAAGAGAUUGAUAGCCACAUGUCAUCUGUGAAACGGCUGUUGAAAGCUCUACCCAAGCCGACUCUCAUAACAAUAGCACGGUCCAGCUUGGAUGAAUACUGUCCAUCGGAGCAGGUGGACUCCAUACAAGAGAGGAUGUUGAAGGAGUUGAGCUCUAUCUAUGGCUCUUUAGAUGUCCACCUGGAGUAUUGACUGUGACUCUGUCCAGAAUGAACAGAGCCAGAUUCCUGUUAAGCUGAUGGAGCAGAAUAGUAUUUAAGGAAUAAAUUCUAAUUUAACAACCAU